AUGAUGAAGUAAUUGUAAGAUGAUAUCAAUACAUGCUUUUGCUGCAACAGAUUUUAUAACAUUCAAGAAAGAAAGCCAUUCUAUCUAUCAUGCGGUGAUAUAAUCUGCCUAUAAUGCUAUCGUGACUAAAAAGAUUAAUUACAAAACUAGCAAGUGCAAUGUCCAAUAAAUAAAGCUCAUCUCUGCCCAAUCGAUCAACCUGUUGUUGAAAUGGCUUUUAUGAUGAGACAUCUUCAAUAACAAGAUUUUUAUCUAAUCAAAUGUGAUAAUCAUCCAAUUGAGAACGCUUAAAUUUACUGCAGACAAAAUUCUUUCAAACUAAGUAAUUAAGCUCAGAAUGAAGAGUAAAAAUAGGCUCCUGCUCAAAAUAAUAAUGGAAACUAAAUCAAAGAACAAGUGGACUUAUAAGUGACUAAAACACUUUAAAAAUUAGUUUAGGCUGAUAGACCAAAGCAUUUAGAGUUCAGAAGAUUAGUUGACAUCCAACUUGAAUCAUUGAAGAAUAAUAAUAUAAAUGAUAAAGCUAAACUUUUACCUCUAACUGGAUAAAGCAAACUUUUAUUCAAAGCUACAAAUGAUGGAUUUUAAGCAUCUAAUUUCCAUUAGAAAUGCGAUAAUUAAGGGGCUAAUAUUUCUUUUAUUUUGAGUGAACAUGGUCAUGUGUUUGGAGGAUAUACAUCUAUCUCUUGGACAUCUCCUUUAUAAUUGUAACUGGAUAUAGAUAAUUAUGCAUUUGUAUUUGGUUUGAGUAAGAACACUCUACACAAAUAUUAUCGAAGUACUGAUAGAGCAGUUUGGCAACACAAAGAUUACUUAAUGUAGUUUGGUUAUAGUGGUGAUAUUGCUAUUUAUAAUGAUAGCAAUAAUAAUAGCAGUUGUUAUUGUAAUGUAGGGAAUACAUAUAAGCUUCAAAAAAGUCUUAAGCGCGAGGAAUAAUAAGCUUAAGAUUACCUUGGUGGAAGUGAAUAAUUCAAAGUAUUAGAGAUAGAAGUUUACUAAAUUUUAGAUUAAAAUUGUAUGUGGUUAAAGUGA